AAACCUGUAAGCUAUCGUUAAAUGAUUACACUGAGAACAAUAAUAAUUAUUAAUUUUGAUUAUACAAAAACAAAUUCUGAUUAUUGAACCUAUGGAGAAAAAAAAACUUAAUACAUAAAAAUCUAAUUCAUCCAAUGAAUUAGUGAAAAGAAGUAAAUUGAAUAUUGAAGUAAUCUAUAAAUGGUGUUUAAACUUUACAUCGCACACAUAAUAUUAUAGUGAGCUCUGAUUCUUUAGCAUCAUAGCUUGUGCUUUCUAUUGUCGUCGACGUAGGAAUUGAACCAGGUUUAAAAUGAUGAAUUCAGACAAUGUUAACAAUGAAAAUGUUGAUCUUUGGUCAAUAGAUAAAUGUAUAUUUUGUAAAGAACAAAUAGGGGAAAAUUCAAAAAUCCUAAAUUGUCUUCAUGGAAUUUGUGAGAAUUGCAUACCAAGUGAUGAAACUGAUUCAAAUAUACAGUGUAAAUGUGGAAUUGUAACUAAUGGUGAACUCAUUAAUUACCCAAUUGUGCUACCAAAUGUAUCACAAGCUAAAAUAUGUUGUGCACAAUAUUGUGACGUAGUAGCAAAGAAAAUCUGUAUGUCUUGCAAUAAGUUAUAUUGCAAACCAUGUUCAACGAUACAUCUAAAUAACAAUAAGGAUCAUAAACCUAUCUUAAUGAUGACUUAUCCAUUGAAAGAAGAAUUUAUUGCUUGCCCACAUUGUACUGAAAAAUGUGUAGAAGUUUAUUGCACUAAAUGCUCAAAAAUGAUUUGUUCUCUUUGUCAUUUAAACUAUCACCGGAAACAUAAUUUUAAAAUUCUUAAAAAAAUGGCUUCUCAAAUCAAGUUAAAAAUUAAUAUGGAUCUAAUUGAAUUAAGAAAAAAUAACAAUUUUUUAAAUUCUUUGAUGGAAAGAUCAGAUCAUAAUAUUGAGAUAUUUAAGUCUCAGAUGGAUCAAAUUAAUGAAAAUAUUGAUGAUGCCACGAAUCUAUUACAUGAAGAAAUUAAUAAACGCUCAUUUGAAUUAAAAAAGUCACUUAAAGACAAUUUCAUAGAUGCUGUUCAGAAAAUUAAUAUGAAUAAGAUGGUUCUUAAUGAUUUUAAAAAAGAAAAUGAAUAUUAUUAUAAUUUAACAAGUUCUGUUAUCAACAAUAAUAAAACAUUUGAAUUUAUUAAAAUUUCAAAUAUUGUCAUGGAUCAAAUGAUCAUUGUGAAGAGACAUACUACAAAUAUACCUAUGGAAAUAGCAAGUUGUUAUGCUGAUAUGGUAUUUAAUUAUGAACAAUCUAUGAAAGAAUGCGUUGAAAAAAUAAAAGGAUUUGGAAAUAUUACUUCAACACCAAUUGUUAGUUUGCCAGAAUAUAAAACAAUGAUGAACUUAAAUUAUGAUCACCAAGAUCUUCAAAAUAAUCAGCUUCCCAGUUUGAGUACUAUGACACAGGUUAAGACGGAAAUUUUAGAUAACGAAAUGAAUAUAGAUUCAGAUUCUGAUAGUUCAGAGUAUGAACCACUUGUAUACUGUUCUUGUUGUAAUCAAUGGAGUGAAAAACUAAUAAAUUGCAUUCAUUGUAAGAGGUCUUAUCAUUAUGAUUGUCAUAUUCCUUCAAUAGAUCAGGAGACUACACCUAAUAAUCCACUUAUGAAAACAUGGAAGUGUACACUUUGUCAAGACAUUUCAGACAUUAGAUUACAUGUCAAUGUCUUACUGAAAAAAGAUGUCACAGCUUAUUUUGUUAGUGGUUCUUCUGAACAAAGAAUCAUUCAAUAUAUAUUAAUGGCGUUGUAUUGUCAGAAUGGAGACAGUGAACACUAUCGUGAAUGUUUGGAUAGAGAGCUUUAUCCACGGUAUUAUGAAAUAGUAAGUGAUCCUAUAUCAUUAAAUGAUAUAAAACGGCGUUUCGAAUAUACUACUUCGUAUAUAUCAUUCAUCAAACUUCUUAAAGAUAUAAACAAAGUGUUUACAAAUGGAAUGUUUUAUUAUACUGAGGGUGAUCCAUAUCAUGAAUCUGCAAAACAACUUCAGAAUACUUUCUUUAGAAUGGUAACACUAUGGUUACCCAAAAUUGACAUAACAAUUCUACAAAAUCCAUAAUUCAGUCAUGUAGUUGAAAACUAACAUUGUUUAAUAUGACACAUCAUUUUGGAGAAUAUUAAGGUUUUUUUUUAAAGAUGAAUUUUAAUUCUUAAUAAUAAUUUUGUUUCUAAAAACUUUAUUGAAUAUUUUAGUUUAUUUGGUAUUUAUUAAAAAUGUAUAAUUGGUUAUUUUACUUAA